CUUCGAACUGAUCGCUCGCAUCGCUCCCCGGACUCCGGACUUCGUACUCGCUCGCCUCAAUCCCUUCGGACUUUGACUUCGACUUUGAUUCGAUUACGCGCAAAAUUUUUGAACACAUUUCGAAAGAAAGAAAGAACCUCAUAAGUUAAGCAAGAUUACGACUUUUGCAUACUUCUUGCGGCAGACCUCGGGCAUUGGAUUGGAUUUGUUUGUGGAGUGAAGUGUAAACAUACGAAAAACGAAACAAAACAAAAAAAACUGCUAAAAAUGGGUCGUCUGUUCCAAUACAAUCGCUUUGGCGCCACGGAUAAUAUCAACAAACGCAACAAAAAGGAUACCCAGAAUAAGAACAAGAUGCUACGCAAUGCCAUCAAGUGUCCGGCCUAUUCGGACAUCUACGGGCAGUACAAUGACUCCUCCUUCGAGAAGUGCCAACAAUGGAGCAACAAACUGCAGUUCCCAAGGUCAGCGGCAGAGGCAGUGGCAGCGGCAGCCGAGGAGCCCAGCCAGAGUCGCACCCACAAGGUCUACGACAGCAUGAAGAACUUUCUGCACCGCAAACUGUUUGCCCAACCCUCGCACAAGGAGCGGGCGCUGAAUGAGGAGCCAACCAGUGAUUAUGAUGAGCAGGACCUUCUCGACUCCUCGUACCAGGCCGACGUGGAGGAAGAGGAUGAGGAAAGGGAUGCCGAUUGCAGCUGCAGCUCCAACUCCAACACCAGCUCCAUUUCCAGCAGUAGCCAUGCGGACACGCCCAAGCGCUCGCCCCAGAAGUCGCUGCUGUCGCUCAACUGCUGGCAGAGCAGUCAGCCAAGCGACUCCAACAAGGAAGAGGAUGACUCCGAUGCCGGAAUCUCCGACUGCUGCCAGUUGCUGGCGGAGAACACAUCGAGCAACAAACAGCGUCGCAGCUCGCCCAAGAAGCGGACAUCCCUGCCCCGCUACAACAGCGCCAACAGCACCGAGGACGACGAUGAUGAUGAGGAGCCGGAACUGUUGGCCUGCGCCUGGUACCAGCCCCGCAUCAGUGCGAAGGCCGCCCACGAGCAUCUGCAGCAGUCGACUCCGGGCAGCUUCCUGCUCCGCCGCAGCACGCCCCGCCACUUCGAGCUCUGUCUGCGCCUCGAACGGAAGGUAAAGACGUACCCGGUGCAGUCCACCCGUACCCAGAUGUACCGCCUGAAGGGGGCCAAGAAACAGUUCAGCACUCUCAAGGCAUUGAUCACCCACCACUCGGUGAUGGCCGAGCAGCUUCCCCUCACACUGGACAUGCCAAGGGAGCGACAUGUGGUCAAGUCGUCGGCGGUGCGCUAUGCGGAUGACUUCGAGCCCCUGGAGUCUCUCCAGCUCCUUGGAAUACUCAAGAGUCUGCAGGCCAAGAGCAUCGAAAUAUAGAAUAAGAGGGUGAAAAUUAGGUAAUUUAAGGGGGGUUAUUAAUAUCGAACUGCAAAGGGAACGAUAGGUGAAAGAAAUAUUAUGUAGGAAUUGUUUUUUCUAUGCGUAUUAGUCCACUAAGAAGAGGCUUUGUGAUAUAGUUUAUGGAUCGGAAUCUGAAUCCCAGGUUUUAGUUGUACAUUAAGGAAGGGUCCACCAUUUACCAAUUAACUGAAAUAUUUCUAUUCGUAUUGAUAAGUUUUCUAUUGUGAAAGUAAAUUAUACGUAAAUAAAAAUCGAACAAUGCAAUCCU